UAUAUAACAGCUCCCUCCAGGUGGGAGACACAAGUUGAGUUCAAGAAGGAAACAUGAAGACAUUUACGCUCAGUUUUCUCCUAAGCCUUUCAGCUGCGGCAUUCUGCAUGCCGCUGUCGCAGCCUUCAGUGCAAGAUGAACAGUUUGCUGAGUACUACCUGAAAAAUUUUUUCAAUCUGACGGAGGAAAGUGGCCCGACACUGAGAAGAGGAAUCAGCUCAGCAGUUAAGAAGCUGAUGGAGAUGCAGAGAUUCUUCGGCCUUCAGAUCACAGGGAACCUGGAUGCUGACACCUUGGCUGUGAUGAAAAAGCCUCGCUGUGGUGUUCCAGAUGUAGACGUCUCUCAAUACUCCACUUUUGGAAACAAUCUGAAAUGGGAUAAAAAUGACCUCACAUACAGGAUAGAGAACUACACACCCGACAUGACUCAAUCCGAGGUGGAUGAUUCCAUGGAGAAAGCUCUUCAGGUUUGGGCUAAAGUCACUCCCCUCAGAUUUACAAGAAUUUACAGUGGCGUAGCGGACAUCAUGAUUUCCUUCGGUCGCGGUUCACAUGGGGAUUUUUACCCCUUUGAUGGCCCUGACGGCACGCUUGCCCAUGCCUUUGCUCCUUCUCCUGGAAUUGGAGGAGAUGCCCACUUUGACGAUGAUGAGACCUUCACUUUCCGCUCCAACAAAGGCUAUGUCCUCUUCCUGGUCGCUGCCCAUGAGUUCGGCCACUCUCUGGGCUUGUCCCACUCUCAGGAUCCUGGUGCUCUCAUGUACCCUGUGUACUCAUACCAGAACCCAGACACCUUCAUUCUGCCCAGGGAUGAUGUCAAAGGCAUCCAGUCCCUUUAUGGUGCAAAUGAGGAUCCAGUCCCCCCUGGACCAACUGCUCCAACCACACCUGAUUCAUGUGAUUCCACAAUGGUCUUGGAUGCUGUUGCUUCACUACGAGGAGAGAUGCUCUUCUUUAAGAACAAGUUCUUCUGGCGUAUCUACCCUCAGAGUUACACACCACAGCAAACUCUCAUAGCAAACUUCUGGCCCGAUGCCCCUCCCAGUGUUGAUGCUGCUUAUGAGAGUCAGCUGUCGGACAGAGUCUUUCUCUUUAAAGGUGAAAAAGUCUGGGCUUUCAGUGGCUAUGAUCUCGUACAGGGCUAUCCCAAAUCGAUUUCUAGCUUUGGUUUGCCCAAAUCAGUAAACAAAGUUGAUGCCGCCCUCUACGACCCAGAGACUGGCAAGACUCUCUUCUUUGUUGACAGCAAUUACUACAGCUAUGAUGAGACUAUGAAGAAAAUGGACAAUGGAUUCCCAAAAAGAGUUGAUGAGACCUUCUCUGGGAUGAGCAGCAAGGUGACAGCCGCUUUACUGCACAGAGGUUUUACUUACCUCUACAGUGGUCCCUACAUGUACGAGUUCAGCUCCAGGACUGGGAGAAUGUUACGUUUGCUGAGAAACAGUUACUUUCUGCCCUGCACCAACUAUUAGAAAAUGAAGGUUUAAAAUGUCCAAAACUCCCCUGCUAAUUUAUGAUAAGACUUAUUUGUGCCCUGUUAUCCGGUUUUAUGUAAAGAAGUGUUUUUUUUAAAUCAAAGAUAUUUAUGAUGCCUAAAUGUAUUAUUUUAUAUUCUAAAAUAUGUUUUGCAUAAUAUAUUUUUAUUGUGUAAUUUUAUAUAUUUAUGUUUUUCUUACUGCCUGCUUUUGUAUUUUGAGAACAGUGUUGGACAUUGUUACUAUUUUUCUUUGUGCAAUUUUCAGAACUUUACACUGUACCGAAGAAAGAUAACAAGCAUAAUGAAAAUAAAAUAUAAAAAAAA